GAAGGUGUUUGGGGACCGCAAAAUAUGACCCAAAAACCCACUGAUCUUCAAAUUAUCGAACUAAAUAUACAAAUUAUAGAAUGAUGACAACAUUCGGCGUCUCGUCAAAGUAUGGAAUAGCAACAAAAAAAAAACAACAACAACAAGAGCAACAAAAUCGCGCAGUCAGAUAUUCACGAAGAGGUCGCGCCAGUUGCGCAGCCCAGAUUCCCGAGGUGUCCCUGAACGCAUCAGCGAAAUCCAGGGCUGCUGCUUCGCGUGGUGCAAGUCGAGCAGUUUCAAUCAACUCGCAGCCGGCCGCAGGCGUUCUCCUCUUUCGUUUUCCUCACUCGCUGAACUCUUGAGCACCUGACACAAAACUUGACGGAAUACGUGCCGGAUGUAACUUCUUCCCCCGUCGGACCUGCAGUGAAGACGUUGCUCGGUGCUCCUUGUCGAGAUCCAGCUCCCUCUUGGCCUCGUAAGCCGCCACUGUGAACCUGACUGACUUUCAAGGAAAUUCCUCAGGCCUCCCGGGUCAGCCCUGCAUUUCGCUAUCGGGUGCCUGGCGCAGCUGCACAAGCUUCGGUUUCCACAAAGGACGCGCGCCUGAAGCGCUCUCGGCGGGCAGGACACAAACAACCCCACCAUGACACGCUGUCAAAUGUAAAGGAAGAAGAACAAACUUUUGGUGUGUUGUGAUCUGCCUUGGAUCCGUCCGAUUCUCCGGCUCGUAAAGAAGAGUUUGAUCGACGGCACCCGGCGAUGGCCACCGAAGAGAAGCGCGCGGCACCUCCGUCCGUCGCCGUCCGGCCCAGGAGAGGACCCGGACGCUCCGGCGUUAGCCAGGAAGUCCAGUUGUGGCCGCCAAAGCCGCGCAGUAUCCCCGCUCUCCUUUACGACGGGAAGUUGUCGUGCGGCACGGAGCUGGAGACCAUUUUGGGCCCGGCGUACGGCUCUCGUGAGCACAGCCCGGAGGUCGGCCCUUCUCCGGGGCGACUGCUGGCCAAGGGAACGGACGCCAUUGCCUCAAAGCUCGCGAGAGUUUGCGAAAGAGCUCGUUGCCCGCUGGACUUUAUAAAUGAGGAUGCGAAAGAAGGCAGAAGUGGCCCCUGCGCCCGCGUCGCCGGCCGUGACCGCGCAGCAGACUCUCGCCGGCGUCCCCCGUGCCGCUCCGGCUCCAGCCCCGCUGGCGGUCCGGCGCUCGGCCGCGCCUCCCGGCCGGAUGGGCCGCAUCUCCGUCGCUCCAGCCUGCCCGCGUCGCCGGCGGAUUUCCACCAGACGUCGCCCUGCCGCUCCUCCCGACGCAGCCCGUCCAGUGAGCCCAACUCUGUGGCGUCCUCGCCCCGCAGUUCCCCCCUGCCCUCUCCCCGGCAGCCUGGGCGCAACGGACACGUCCUCCGUAAGCCGCUCUCGGACGGCUUCUCCAGCUUCGAGCGGCUCCGCGGAAACGGUUGCUCCUUGGAGAAGUUUCUCCAAUCCGCGACGCCGGCCCUGACGCCCGACGAGCGCUCGUCCUCGCGAGGGACGAGCGGGAGCCGCCGCGGCGACGAGGGGGCCGAAGAAGACCCGGAGAACUCGGAGUUUGUCCGGAACCGGAAGGAACGUUCCACGGUCCUGGUGAGACGCUUCUUGAAGAAUAAUCAGAAGGUGACCAAGUGGGUGUGCGCCGGAACCCGAGCGAUCGUGCGGACGCUGCCCUCGGGCCGCAUCUCGGAGGAGGCCCGGCGGGACGUCAUCUGCCGCCCGACGUGGCGACCCGGCAAGAAGGACAUCCUGCCAAUCCUGCCGCGCCGUGCGGGCGAAGACCUGCGAGUCUGCCGAGAGCUGUUGCGCUUCGUCCGGGCCAAGAUGCGCCAGGUGGCACACAAUGUUCAAGAUGCCGCUGCACUUAACCUGACUCACCCUGCCAAGAAGCUGCUCCUGCCACCGCCGCCACCGCCACCGCCCGAGUCUGGAUGCGUCAGCCUGCCGCUUUCUUGCUGGCCGCUGCCCCCUGUCAGCGGGCGUCCACCUGGACCGGCUCGGAUCCCAAGCCAGGGAUCUUCUUACCCACCCAGGUUUUAUCUGGCGUGUGGCCGGAGGACAUCUGUUUGCUCCUUGCUGACCGGAGCCCUUCUGGAAGCCACGGCGGCGCUCGGGGCCCGCUCCGCCUUGCCCUGCCCGUUCGGCCAGUCCCCCAACAGCAGCCACGGCGCGCUGAAAGAGCGCCAGCUGGCCACCAGCAUGACCAGCAGCGGCGCUCUUCCCGCCAGCGUGAGCGGCAUCAGCAAGGAGCUGGCCGAGCUGCGGCACCUCGUGCAGUUCCCCGAGGAGAUCGCCUGCAUCCUCACUGAGCAGGAGCAGCGGCUCUACCAGCGGGUGUUUGCCUUGGACUACUUGCGCUUUCUGACUCGAGAGCUGGGCACUCCGGAAAGUCAGAGCAGACGGCACCCCAAGCUCCAAGCCUCGCUGUCGGCGCCCAACGUGCCCACCCGGACGGCGCGGCGCGCUAACGCCGUGGAGGACCUGGUGGCGCGCUUCAAUGAGGUGAGUUCGUGGGUCACCUGGCUUGUGCUGACCGCCAGCUCCAUGGAAGAGAAGCGAGACGUGUUCUCCUAUCUGGUCCACGUGGCCAAGUGCUGUUGGAACAUGGGCAACUACAACGGCGUCAUGGAAUUCCUGGCGGGACUCAGGUCCCGCAAGGUGCUGAAGAUGUGGCAGUUUAUGCACCAGUCGGACAUUGAGACCAUGAGGAGCCUGAAGGAUGCCAUGGCGCAGCACGAGACCUCUUCGGAGUACAAAAAGCUCGUCACCAGAGCGCUGAAUAUCCCGGGAUGCAAAGUGGUCCCUUUCUGCGGGGUGUUCCUGAAGGAGCUGAGCGAGGCGUUGGACGGCGCCGCCAGCAUCAUCGGCCUUCAAAGGCCCGGCGAGAACGCCGACGACUCGCUGGAGUUUGUCUCCGACUACAGCGGCCAGCGCCACUUCUUGUCCCGCGCCGGCCCGGAUGGUCUUCACGUCCCAGAGAAAGAAGCCACCGUCAGCAACAUCCUGCAGAUUAUUAGGUCGUGCAAUCGCAGUUUGGAGGCAGAGGAUCCCGAGGAGGCCUCCGCUAGUCCCUCUUCUCCUUCUUCUUCUUCUUCUUCUUCGGGGCCAGCUCCAGCUUCGAGAAACAACUCCCUUCGGGACCGCUGCCGCUAUCAGUUCAUGGUGGGCGACCUGUCCGAUUCCGAAGGCGACCUGUCAUCCGAGCCCGCGGCUAACGAGAUGGAGUUCCAGGGCGCGCGGGAGACGCACCGGGCUUUUUGCCAUGGCACCGAGCUCAUUCCUUGGUACGUGCUGUCCCUGCCACCAGACGUUCACCAGUUCCUGCUGCAAGGCGCCACCGUCAUCCACUACGAGCAGGACAGCCACCUGUCGGCCCGCUGCCUGCUGAGACUCCAGCCCGACAACACCACGCUCACUUGGGGUAAGGCUCAGAAUGGGGGGGUCCCCCCCACGGAGCCACCGCCGGGACUGGGACAGACUGUGGUGGCGGGGCUGGCAGAAGGUCUGCUGGACCUCGCAGCGGUCAAGGCUGUAUUCCUGGGCCACCAGGGAGUGGACAUCCACGCGGUUUGUUUGCAGAGCAAACUCAGCCAAAUGACGGUGGAGGAGAACGGCCUCAGCCUCCUCUACGGCCUCGGUACCACCGACAACAGACUACUGCACUUUGUGGCCCCCGACCACACCGCGCAAAUGCUUUACAAGGGUCUGUCGGAGUUAGUGAAUGCAAGCAGGAGGCUGAAGAAGUUUCCGGAUCAGCGGCUGCAGUGGCUGAGGCGGCAGUAUGUCGGUUUAUAUCAGGAGGAAGGUCGAUACGAAGGACCCACGCUGGCCCAAGCCGUCGAGCUGUUUGGUGGGCGCAGGUGGAACACGGGUGCCGGUGGAGGAGAGAAAUCGGGGGCCCCCAAAAGCAGCCCUCUGGGAAUCAAUGACAAGGCGAAGAAGAAGAAGAAGGCCCUCGUUCGGGGAGACAGCGGGGAUGCCACGGAUGACGAGAUGGUUUGCAGGAAAACGCGCAGCUGUAAAGAGGGACAUUACCGCAACGGACCCGAGUCGGACGGCAUCGACCAGGACGAUGCAGACGAUGGCUUCCCCGGACCGUUCUCCCUCACUUCCAAAGGAAGUCCCGGAUCGCUUGCCUCUUCUUCCUCCUCCUGCUCCUGCUCCUCCUCCUGCUCCUGCUCCUGCUCCUCCACCACCUCCAGCAUGUCCAGCUCCAACCAGUCCCGCCCGCAAUCCUCUCCAGUCCUUUCGGGGAGCACCAAGGCUCAGCCGGGGGCGUGGAGUAGCAGGUCCUGGCACGGUCGCGGCAAAGGCUGCUUCAAAGGCUUCCAGAACCUCAUCAUCUCUGACAGCACCAUGAGCUUCAUCGAGUUUGUGGAACUUUUCAAGUCUUUCAGUAUCCGCAGCAGAAAGGACCUGAAGGAGCUCUUCGACACGUUCGCCGUGCCUUGCAGUCGCUCCGCUGCGGAGUCGGCUCCCCUCUACACCAGCCUGAAGAUUGACGACGGGGACGCGGGCCUCCAGCCGGACCUCGACCUCCUGACUCGGAACGGCUCCGACCUCAACCUGUUCGUCCGGACCAGGCGGCAAAUGUCGGACAACCAGAAGCAGAUCUCGGACGCCAUCGCCGCCGCCAGCAUCGUGACCAACGGGACGGGCGUGGAGAGCGCCUCGCUGGGCGCGUUGGGCCUGGCCAUCCCUCAGCUCAACGACUUCCUGGUCAACUGUCAGAGGGAGCACCGGAGCUACGACGACAUUCUCGGCAUGAUACAGACUUUUGAGCCGUCGUCCACCAUGAGGCUCAUGGGCUGGAUGUCAUUUGAAGGUUUCGCAAGGUACCUGAUGGACAAGGAGAACUUUGCCUGUCGGAACGACGAAUCGCCGGUGAACCCCGAGGAGCUGCGCUACCCUCUGUCCCACUACUACAUCGAGUCCUCUCACAACACCUACCUGACCGGACACCAGCUCAAAGGAGAGUCCUCUGUGGAGCUUUACAGCCAGGUGCUGCUGCAAGGCUGCAGGAGUGUGGAACUGGACUGCUGGGACGGCGAUGACGGCAUGCCGGUCAUCUAUCACGGACACACGCUCACCACCAAAAUACCUUUCAAGGAUGUGGUGGAAGCCGUUCACCGCAGCGCCUUUGUCAACUCGGACAUGCCGGUCAUCCUUUCCAUUGAGAACCACUGCUCCCUUCCGCAGCAACGCAAGAUGGCCGACAUCUUUAAGUCGGUGUUCGGGGAGCGUCUGGUGACGCGCUUCCUCUUCGAGGGCGACUUCAGCGACGAGCCGCACCUGCCGUCGCCGCUGCAGCUUCGCGGGAGGAUCCUGCUGAAAAACAAGAAGCUGAAAGCCCACCAGGCGCCGGUGGACCUUUUGAAGCAGAAGGCUCACCAGCUGGCCCACAUGCAGGCCCAAGCCAGCAACGGGUCGCCCGGAAGCCACGGCAACGAGGAGGAGGAGGAGGAUGAAGACGAGUACGACUACGACUACGAGUCCUUGUCGGAUGCCGAUGUCCUCAAUGCCUCUACUGCCUCCUAUGGGCUGGAAGAUAACCUGCUGGAGGAAAAAUCAGAAGGGAAGAGCUCGGCGGACAAAGAGGAGCAGCCUGCGGACGAAGUGCCCAAGCGUAUGAAGAAGGCUGACGGCGGCACGCCCAGUAAAGGAAAGGUGUUUGACAUGGAGCUGGGCGAGGAGUUCUACCUCCCUCAGAACAAGAAGGAGAGUCGGCAAAUCGCACAGGAGCUGUCGGACCUCGUCAUCUACUGCCAAGCCGUCAAAUUCCCAGGCUUGUCCACGCUGUCUCCAUCCGGUUCGGCCAGGGGGAAGGACCGCGGCAAGAGCAGGAAGUCCAUAUUCGCUACGGCUCCGCCGCGCCCCGGCCCGACGGGGGAGGUCUCGACGCAGAGCCGCGCGCCCGGGAAAAGCAGCGCCGAGCGUCUGAGCUGGGACGAGCAGCAGCAGACGCCGCCGACCUCACUCAGCGCCAUCAUCCGCACGCCAAAGUGCUACCACAUCUCCUCGGUCAACGAGAACGCCGCCAAGCGCCUGUGCCGGCGCUACUCGCGGAAGCUCAUCCGGCACACGGCGUGCCAGCUCCUGCGGACCUACCCGGCGGCCACCCGCAUCGACUCGGCCAACCCCAAUCCGCUCCUCUACUGGCUGCACGGCAUCCAGCUGGUGGCGCUCAACUACCAGACGGACGACCUGCCCAUGCAUUUGAACGCGGCGCUGUUCGAGGCCAACGGCGGCUGCGGCUACGUCCUGAAGCCGGCCGCGCUGCGGGAGCCCAGCUGCCCUCUCUCCCAGCACGGCUGCCCCGCGGAGAGAGACGCGGACGGAAGCGGCCCGGCCGUCUACUCCCUCACGAUCGUGUCCGGCCAGAACGUGUGUCCGGCCAACGGCUCGGGCAGCCCCUGCGUGGAGGUGGACGUCCUGGGCGCGCCGGGCGACAGCUGCCACUUCCGCACCAAGCCCAUCCACCGCAACGCGCUCAACCCCAUGUGGAGCGAGCGCUUCCACUUCAGCGUGCACUUGGAGGAGCUGUGCUUCCUGCGCUUGGCCGUGGUGGAGAACAACAGCUCGCAGACCACCGCUCAGAGGACGCUGCCCCUCAGGGCCCUCAGACCAGGUUAUCGACACGUGCAGCUGAGAACGCAACGCAACGAGCCCAUGGAAGUGUCGAGUUUGUUCAUCUACAGCAAACGAGUCCAAGAAAGUCCAACGGGCGGCACGGGUUCUUCGUCCCAGCCGUUCGACCCCGAGGAGAAGAACGCGUCGCAACAGCACAGAGUGACGGUGCACGGAGCUCCUGGUCCGGAACCUUUCACCGUGUUCUCAAUCACGGAGCACACCACCAGCAAACAGCUGCUAGACACGAUCGUGACCUCCGAGGGGAAUCUCGCCGACUACUUCCUGUGCGAGGAGACGCUCCCCCUGUCCAAGGAGCGCGGCUGCGCUCGGCGUCGCCCGCUGGCGCCCGACGAGGCGCUGCUCCGGAUGGUCUCGGGCUGGGACGCCGAAGACGGCCACGUGAGGCGGAUCUCUCUCCGGACCAGAGAGGAGAAUCUAAAUGACAAGAACGCGGCGGCAGAGGGUGAGGAGGAAGUGUUCACUGUUGGUGGGGGAAGAGGAGGACAAGGAGGGGAAGGCGUCGCGGAGGAGGACAUGUUUUUAGUCCAGGUGCACGAGGUGUCCCCGGAGCAGCCUCACACCGUCAUCAAGGCCCCGCGCAGCAGCUCCGCCCAGGACAUCAUCCAGCAGACGCUGUCCAAGGCCAAAUACUCGUGCAGCAUCCUGUCCAACCCCAACCCCGGCGACUACGUCCUCAUGGAGGAGGUGACCAAGGACGCCUGCUCCAAGAAGUCGUCCGCCGCCAAGCAUGUCCAGCGCGUGCUUCCGGAUCAGGAGUGCGUCUAUCGCGCGCAAAGUCAUUGGAGGGGCGCCGGAAAAUUCAUUCUCAAGCUGAAAGAGCAGGUGGUGCGCGAGGACAAAAGGAAGGUGAUGUCGCUGGCCAGCGAGCUGAAGAAAUUGACGAGCCGCAGUCGCGGCGCGCCGACGGGCGCGGCGGUGGACGGCGCCGCCCACAGGUACGCGAGCGCGGGGCCGAAGACGCGGAAGACAGAGGGAGGGGUCGUCGGCGGGCGGGGAUGUCGCCCGCAGGCCUGGUCCUACUCAUCCAACAGAGGGCAGCAGAGUCCUGACGUCAUCCCCGCCUCCUCCCUCUGCCCGGCGGCGGCGUGGAAGCUUCACAUCCUUCAGAACUGGAAGGUCCACAAAUGAGGGAAAUUGUCGCGGAGGUGACAUCCUUGCGGCCCUGUUUUCUCGCUCGCUUUGAAGGAGCGCGCCGCAGAGCUGGACCCGGCCGCGGCGGCGGCUUUGUGUCCAGGACGUUCGGGGAUGGGUCAGCGCCACGGAGGCCGCGCCCGCGAGAAGCCGACGCAAAGUUUGGAGACGAGCUGGCUUCUUUACUUCCUGUCUUACUGUGUCGGCGAUUUUGGGCGGGCAAAACGUGUCCAAGAAAUGCGCAUUUAAAGGUUCAAGCGGGACGCGGAACCUAAUCAUCAGCAUUCAAGGUGGUCCUUUCAAUGAAUAUUUUUGACACUUACUGACAAGCGGACUCAUUCGCUAUGAAUGUUUGUUUGCCCUCAAAAUGUUGCACUUGUUCUUUAGUUUUUCGACUUUAUUUUUCUCCCUAAUUUCGUGGGCAUGUGCUCUGAAGCUUAUUUCUUGUGGACUUUACCGGCAGGAGAAAAAAAAAACAAUCAUAAGAAGUAUUUAAAAAGUAAUAUAGUAUAAAUAUGUCCGGUCAAUUUUAGGGCUAGUUCUUGAGAGAACUGCAGCAUCAAAGAUUUGCACGACGGCUUUAUUUCUGAGCAUUUUUGGGAGUUGUUUUUCCGAGGCUUGAAAGUGAUGGAAUGGUCCAAACAACAACAAACAGAUCAUCCCGAUUUAUUUCUUUGGAUUUCAGCCCAGGUGAAAAGUUUGAUUUGGGCCCCCAAACCUCAAACGUUUUGUUUGGCUUGACUUGACGAGGUUUCCCUUUUCAGUUUGAACUGAUUGUGAUGAAGAGUAUGUUUGUCAUAUAAUCAGCGACUUUUCAACACGUGUGGGGCCACAUGAGUCUUUUUGAUCUGGAGAAAUGUCACAUUUUGGAUGCUUUGUUCAAG